AGUUCGUUGGGCAACGGUCAUUGGUCGGUGGAACGGCUGCGCCUCAACUUUGAACAUUUAAGUAAGAACAGAAGUCUGUCUCCACUGCAACCUGAUAGUCCUAUGUUCUCUCUCGCAGCAUGGACGAUGACUCCGGCGCAGAAGCUGUCAAAAGUUGGCGGUCGAUUCUUACGAUUAUCGUCUUUGUUUUGAUUAAUCUGCCGAUACUACACCCAUUUAGCCUGCCAGUCUAUAUCCCACAUUUGGUUGCGGAAUCUUUAUUCUACAUCCUCAGCGUCUUGCGCAUAUUGUCAUGGCAAAGAGAAGGUGGCGCAGCUAAACGGUCGAAGUUCACCAGAUACACGGUACCGGUCAACUAUGUUACAGCGCCUCUCGCCACAGUAUUAUUUCUACUAGCUGCUACAGUCAUUGGCAAACACGAACUCAUGUUGGGUAUUAUAGGCGAUGAUGAUACCGGUAUCUGCCCGUACGACCUAGUCAUUGUCUUCCUCAGUCUAGGAUAUAUUGCCAAUUCACUUGGAGCAGCUGGCUUAGUCCGGUGGGUGGUAUUCAAAGCCGUGAGACUCGGGAAGGUAGGUCACCGCUUAUAUUUCUACCUCUACAUCUGCUUCUUCAGCAUAGGAGCCUUUCUUGGAAACGAUCCCAUCAUGGUCCUGUUUCUCUCCUACUUCAUUCGGGUCGCUUCGAAUAUCAAACAUCUACGAGCAUGGAUACAGACGCAAUUCUGCAUCGCCAACAUCGCAACCGGGAUCUUGGUAUCAUCAAAUCCUACUAACCUCGUGCUCGCAAAUGCGUUCAAGAUACGUUUUGUUAGCUUUACAGCGAAUAUGGUUGUGCCAGUCUUUGCCACAACAGUUCUGCUCUUUCCCUUCCUACUUUAUAUCGUAUUUGCCGAUGAAAGUCUUAUCCCGAUGUCAGUGAAGGUCCUUGACCUACCUGAUCAAAUCAAAAACAAAAAGCCAACAAAUCCCAAUAUUCGGGUAGUACGCGAAAGGCCUACUGACAACGAAAACUUUUGGUCCGAGGAAGAAGACGCGGAACGGGAGCGUGCAGAACGGGAGCACGCGGAACGGGAGCACAUCUUGAACCCUUUCCUCGACAAGAAGAGUUCUAUUCUCGGGUCCAUCAUCUUCGCCGUAACGAUCAUCCUGCUAUUGGCCUUGAACGCUGUAUAUCUUUCGCAAGGUGGCAAUACUGACUUCUGGGUUACACUGCCAGCUGCUGUCACCAUGCUCUUUUGGGAUCUUACUGUGGGCUGGAUGCAAAGGGCAGGAACACGUCGUAUCGCGCAACAGGGAAGGGAUCGCGCUAAAAGUCUCAAUCUCGAUGGAGGAGUCUCAGCAAUCGAGGACGUGGACCUAGCUCAUGAUGAUCACAGCGCAUCUAACAUACAUUUGUGUUCGUGCCAGAAAAAUCCCUCUCAAGGAACUUGGUUAUCAUGGAGUGUCGAUGCCAGAAGGGUGGCUCAGGCCUCCAAUAGAACAUCAACCGAAGAGCCUCCAUCAGGAAACACAACCAACAAGAGUUUGGGGACGACCCAGCAGCAGCAGCAGCAAAUACCCAUGACUGGCGUGCAGCGGGCGCUCACAAAUUUAGGGAUCGCAGAAACCUCACACCCGACAUCCGAGCUUCGACACAGAGAUGAUCAUGUUACGCUAUUCAAGCUCCUAGAAAACCGGUACGUGUGGUGUCAAGAGACCUUCCCCACAACGACGGUCUGUCUACGUCAGCUUCCAUACGAUCUCGUCCCCUUCGCGUUCUGCAUGUUCAUCCUUGUGGAGGCUCUCAUCAGCAAAGGUUGGGUUCGUGUAUUUGCUCACUGGUGGGACCUCUGGGCUACCAAGUCUGGAUCUGUCGGAUGCAUUGCAGGUAUGGGCUUCCUGGGUGUGGUGCUAUCUAACUUUGCGGGGACGAAUAUCGGGGCAUGCCUGCUACUGUCGCGCGUAAUACAAGCAUGGCAAGAGACACAUGACAAAAGCGGAAUACCGAUAAGCGAAAGAAUGUUCUGGGGAUCAGUCUAUAGUCUCUCACUCGGUGUGAACUACGGCGCAUUCGGCAUAUCGAUGAGUGCAUCGCUAACCGGUAUCAUGUGGCGAAGUGUGCUGAUGAAGGAGAAUACUAGAGUCGGUCCACUGGAGUUCUGGCGGGUGAACAUUCCGAUCAUUGCUUUUUCCAUGGUAGUUGCUUGCACAGUUCUCGUUGGAGAAACGUACAUCAUUAGAGAUAACAGUCCUCAUUGAAAUCAACAUCACCAUCCCCGGGUCACCUUGGAAUCUAGUAGCAACCCGUAGACGCUGAGUCCCAGCAUGUGGUGAUCCGUGGAUGAUCUGCACUCGCCGCGCGACACCUUGCGCGUUGAUCUGGCCCCCACGCUUACUCUGCAUAGCCUCAAAAGGCGGCGAAGCCAGGUAUAAGGGUGUUUC